AAACUCUUCAUCUUCAGAAGACAUGCAGAUGUCUCCUGGACUUUUCUAAUUUAAUUCCUAGGCUACUUGUGAAUCUCUAAAACAAAUUUGAUUAAGACACACAUGGAGUUCACUUUAAUGUCAUUAGGUGCUGCAGGCUCUCAGAAAGCGAUUCGGGAAUCGGUGAUAGACAGAUGAAAACUGGCUGCAGUUCCCGUGCCCAUUUGGACUUUCACAAUCAGAGAUGGCAGCAAAGAUGACAUCAUCGGAAACUACCACGCCUUGGUCUUGUCAUCCAGUAUACGCAAGAUACUGGCAACAUUAUUAUCAAGCAAUGGCUUGGAUGCGAAGCCACCAGAAUGCCUAUCGGAGGGCCAUGGAGUCUUAUUUCAGUUCCCCCUGGUACUUCGCUCCAGGAGGUCUUCCCCAGAGCUUUUAUGCUAAGAAAGGUAGAUCUUCUCAGCCCUUCUAUGACCAUCACCUGUCCUCCCAGGACUCCCACUGUGGUUAUUCACAUUCUCCAAGGUCUGGGCAGCAUCCUCCUGACACCACAAGCGAAGACCAAUCUUGGACCACAGAAGAGGAGGCGGAGACCGACUCAGAUGAUGAGGUGGAGUGCGACCUGAGCAACAUGGAGAUCACAGAGGAGCUCCGCCAGUACUUUGCAGAGACUGAGAGGCACAGGGAGGAGCGGCGGCGGCAGCAGCAGCUGGACGCGCAGCGCCUGGAGGACUAUGUGAACGCCGACCACGACCUGUAUUACAAGACAAGCCGCUCCAUGGAGCCGCCCUCCGAGAGCCCCAGCGAGCGGCGCCAGGCCGAGAUGAAGCGCUUGUACGGGGACAGCGCCGCCAAGAUCCAGGCCAUGGAGGCCGCCGUGCAGCUGAGCUUUAACAAGCACUUUGACCGAAAGCGGCCCAAGUACUGGCCGGUCAUCCCGCUGAAGUUCUGAGUCCUGGGCCCCCAGCCCCCAGCCAUCACCCCCUUCCUCUGGGAUUUGCUCCUUCAUCUGCUUCUGUGCGUUUUCUCAAGGAAAGGGGACUUUGUCCUGAGAAAUCAGCAUGUUCACCAAAGUGCCAGUGGGCCUGUCAUGUGUGGGGUGGGAGGGGGGAGAGGAGGGAAUGA